UUGAAGCAAGCUUGGCUUAAAUGGGGUAAUUUGUGUCAGGGAAAUCAAAAUGGAAUUCCCUAAAAUCAUCCAUAUAGUGAGGCAGGAGACAAAAUGGAAUACUCAAUUAACCAUUCCUCCGUUACAGGAAUGAAAAUAAAUUACUAAUAGCCAUCGUCUGAGUAUCUUCUUGAAUAUCCGUAAUUGUUGGUAAAAUACCUGCCUUAUUUUAUGCAGACAUAGUUGAGUGAUUUGACAGGGUCGGUGCUUUGGCAUUAUAUGUAUGGGUAGAAUUUUGUGAUUUUCAGUCAGAGAGUCAAGACGGAAAGGUACUCAUUCUUCUUGGUGAUGUUGCUACUCCUUUUUUUUUCUGUUCUUCACCGGUGCCGGGGCAAGAAAUUCUGUGCUCUCACAAGAUGACUUCACAUUGGAGGCAGAGCUCAAGAUGCUUAACAAGCCCUAUGUUAAGUCCUUCAAGGAUAAUUAUGGUGUAGUUUUUGACUGUGUUGACAUACACAAGCAGCCUGCAUUCGAUCAUCCGCUCCUUAAAAACCACAAGCUUCAGGUGAUACAUAGCAUUUGCACUUUCUGUCUUCUCUGUCAAAGUUUUUUCUUUUUAUUUUCUAACAACGUGAAUAACCAGAUUCCGCCAAGCUCAAGUGCUGGGACUGGUCUUGGUCUACCUACAACUUCAGGAGAAAGUUGCCCUUAUGGAACUGUUCCGAUACGAAGAACUCUGAAGGAAGAUCUUGUAAGGAGGCGCGCAUCUUCUCAGGUGAUGAAGCCACAAACAGAAUACACUAGUACAAUCGAAGGACAGCAUUUCGCCCAGGUGCUGUUUGACAGCGAGAAAGGAUCCUUGUUCGUUGACGUGAAGGCAGAUAUCGACGUGUAUCCUCUAGUUAUUCCUCCUGGCCAGAAAUCCACUGCUCAGAUUCUUGUUGUGGAUCGGAGGCCUAGCAGUGCCACCGUCGUGCAAGCUGGAUGGCAUAUCGAUUCUCAACAUGAAGGCGACAACCAACCUCGUUUCAUGGUUUACUGGACGGCCGAUGGCUACCAAAAAACAGGCUGCCUGAACUAUGAAUGCCCAGGCUUUGUGGUCACGAGCCAAGCUACCACUCCUGGAAUGGCUCUUCCAGUGGGGAAAAUUACUUUAAAGAUUCUCAGAUGGAAGGAUGCAAACAGAAAAAAGGAUGUAGCAAGUGUUGCUGAAAUAGUAUGUUUAUGUGUUUUUCAGGAUUUCCAGACCGGGAACUGGAAUGUCUACCUGAACGGUGAGAUGGUCGGCUACUUCCCGGGGGCCAUAGUCAACGGAAUGGACGGCAGCACCCAGAUCCAGAUGGGAGGGACCGUGUACUCCACCCCGGGGGAGGGGAAGAGCCCCCCAAUGGGCAACGGCAUCCUGGCUGCCGACACCAACGCCGCCGCCAAGUUCACCUGGGUUGUGAUGAGGGGCUCCAAGACUAUCAACUAUAUGGUGGCCAAGGACAUCGAUUCAAGCAUCUACGAUGCGGUCGUCACUUCAGCUUCAGAAGAUGGCCCGCAGGGAUUCGCCUUCGUGUACGGUGGUCCUGGAGGCGUCUAA